GUUUGCUCCUUGCUGGUGGCUAAAAUGCCGAAACCUCCCCAGACCCAGAGGGAAAUCUGGCGAAUGGGUUGGGUUUACACUGCGCAAAGCCACAAACACGUGUUGCAAGAAUUGGCAGUGUGCGUUGGAGACUUGUCCACAUAAACCGCAAGAAACCCACCCACCUUUCUACAAUUUCUUUCUUGGUUUUUGCCUUCCUAACCAUUUGGUCUUUCUUUUGCGUCUUCCUUGCUUAGUUGCUUCAUGCUUGCACCUUCAUUUCUUCUUCUUUCAGAGAAACUAGCAAGGAGUACGGAGAGAAAGAAAACAAGACAGCCAAGGCAAUUGCGUGAAGUAGUGAAAGAGAGAGAAAGAUGGGAAGGCUGUUUGUGGUGAGUCUUGAAGGGAAGAUCUAUUGCUGCAAGCACUGUGGUACCCAUCUUGCCCUUUGGGAAGACAUCGUUUCCAAGUCUUUCCACUGCAGGCAUGGGAAGGCUUAUCUCUUCAAUAAGGUAGCAAAUGUAACUGCUGGAGAGAAAGAAGAAAGAAUGAUGAUGACUGGACUGCACACUGUUGCUGACAUUUUCUGUGUCCGUUGUGGGUCCAUUGUUGGAUGGAAAUAUGAAACUGCCCAUGAAAAGAGUCAGAAGUACAAGGAAGGGAAAUCUGUACUUGAACGGUUUAAGAUUUCAGGUCCCGAUGGGAGCAACUAUUGGACGAGCCAUGAAGCAUAUGUAGGAGGAAGUGACGCCGAUGAUGUUUGAUUAUGAUUGAAAGCCAAUUUCCAUUUCCAACUGUACAUUCUUGCUACUGUUAUUGCUUUUUAUUGGACUAUUGGAUUCUUAAAUUGGUAAAUCCUCGUGCCCUGGAUUCCUCAGCUUGCUGAAAGGGAUCAUGUAUGUAAAUCUGCUGGACAAUGUUCAUAUUGUUUGACCGAACAUGGAACUUAUGGCCAUUGAUCACAAGUUCUAAAGCUCUUUUGGUUAUAACUAGAGAUGCAUCUGAUCAUCAAAACAUGGUUGG